GAGUGGAAGACAAAACAGGGAAAGGGAGGAAGCUGCGAGGGCUGAGCUCCACCUUCCUCCUGCAGCGAACACUCACUCACAUUCCCAGCUACACCCACAGCCUUACAGCAGCCAAGAUGACGGAUAACAUCCCCCUGCAACCUGUCAGGCAGAAGAAGAGAAUGGACGGCAAACACAAAAGAGGGUGUUGUGAUUGUCUGGGCUGUUGUGGCAGGAGGGAAUUACGACCACGUACUGUCUGGCUUGGUCACCCGGAGAAGAGAGAUCAGAGAUAUCCACGCAAUGUCAUCAACAAUCAGAAAUACAACUUCUUCACAUUUCUACCAGGGGUUCUUUUUAACCAGUUCAAAUAUUUUUUCAAUCUCUAUUUUUUGCUCCUGGCAUGUUCUCAAUUUGUUCCUGAGAUGCGGCUGGGACCUUUAUAUACAUUCUGGGUUCCAUUGGGAUUCGUACUGGCUGUCACCAUCAUUCGAGAGGCAUCGGAAGAGAUCCGAUGUUUCAUACGGGAUAAGGAAGUCAACUCGCAGAUCUACAGCAAGCUCACAGCCAGAGGUACCAUGAAAGUGAAAAGUUCAAGCAUUCAAGUUGGAGACCUUAUUAUUAUAGAAAAGAAUCAGCGGGUUCCGGCAGACAUGAUCUUCCUAAGGACAUCAGAAAAAAAUGGAUCGUGCUUUUUGCGCACUGAUCAGUUAGAUGGGGAGACCGACUGGAAGCUGCGUCUACCUGUGACCUGUACACAAAGGUUGCCAACAGCUGCUGAUCUUCUUCAUAUCAGGUCUUAUGUGUAUGCAGAAGAACCAAACAUUGACAUACAUAAUUUUGCAGGAACCUUUACACGGGAGGACAGUGACCCCCCAGUUAAUGAAAGUUUAAGCAUCGAGAACACACUUUGGGCAAGUACGGUCAUCGCAUCAGGAACUGUAGUGGGUGUGGUGCUUUAUACAGGCCGAGAACAGCGCAGUGUGAUGAAUUCCUCAAACCCAAAAAGCAAGAUCGGUCUGUUUGAUUUGGAGGUAAACUGUCUGACAAAAAUCCUGUUCAGCGCUCUGGUAGUUGUAUCGCUAGUUAUGGUGUCGCUGCAGCACUUCGCUGGACGUUGGUACCUGCAGAUUAUCCGAUUCCUGCUGCUAUUUUCAAAUAUCAUUCCCAUCAGCCUUCGUGUUAAUCUGGAUAUGGGAAAGAUUGUUUACAGCUGGAUGAUCCGAAGGGAUCCCAAGAUCCCAGGGACAGUGGUUCGGUCCAGUACUAUUCCUGAACAACUGGGAAGGAUUUCCUACUUAUUAACAGAUAAAACAGGGACCCUCACACAAAAUGAGAUGGUGUUUAAGCGUCUUCAUUUGGGUACAGUGGCAUACGGGAUGGACUCGAUGGAUGAAGUGCAAAGCCACAUAUUCAGCAUAUACACUCAGCCCUCCCAAGACCCACCGACACAGAAAGGAAUGGCCACUAAAGUGCGUAAGACUAUGAGCAGUCGAGUAUACGAAGCUGUGAAAGCCAUUGCUCUCUGUCAUAAUGUGACACCUUCUUAUGAGUCUAAUGGAGUUACCGACCAGGCCGAAGCUGAGAGACAGUUUGAGGAUUCCUGCAGGGUGUAUCAGGCUUCCAGCCCAGAUGAGGUUGCGCUUGUACAGUGGACUGAAAGUGUGGGGCUGACGCUGGUGGGUAGAGAUCAAUCUAAUAUGCAGCUGAGGACACCUAGUGGGCAAAUUCUUAACUUCACCAUUCUGCAAAUAUUCCCCUUUACCUAUGAAAGCAAACGGAUGGGCGUUAUAGUUCGGGAUGAUUCUACAGGAGAGAUCACCCUCUACAUGAAGGGAGCAGAUGUUGUAAUGGCUGGGAUUGUACAAUACAAUGACUGGCUUGAAGAGGAGUGUGGAAAUAUGGCUAGAGAAGGUCUGAGAGUUCUGGUGGUGGCCAAAAAAUCAUUGACAGAGGAACAGUACCAGGAUUUUGAGGCACGGUAUGUUCAGGCAAAGCUCAGUGUCCAUGAUCGUUCUCUCAAAGUUGCAACAGUGAUAGAGAGCUUGGAGAUGGAAAUGGAACUUCUGUGUUUGACGGGAGUUGAAGACCAGUUGCAGGCUGAUGUGAGACCCACUUUGGAGACACUGAGGAAUGCAGGCAUGAAGGUUUGGAUGUUAACUGGGGACAAGUUGGAGACUGCAACCUGUACAGCAAAGAAUGCUCAUCUGGUAACAAGAAAUCAAGAUAUCCAUAUCUUCAGACCUGUGACCAAUCGGGGAGAAGCUCAUCUAGAAUUGAAUGCGUUUAGGAGGAAGCAUGACUGUGCUCUGGUUAUAUCAGGAGAUUCUUUAGAGGUUUGUCUGAAAUAUUACGAGUAUGAAUUUAUGGAGUUGGCCUGCCAGUGUCCUGCUGUUGUGUGCUGCCGGUGUGCUCCAACACAAAAGGCUCAGAUUGUACGUCUCCUGCAAGAACGGACAGGGAAACUUACCUGUGCUGUUGGUGAUGGAGGGAAUGACGUAAGCAUGAUUCAAGAAGCUGACUGUGGAGUAGGAGUUGAAGGGAAGGAAGGGAAGCAGGCAUCUCUAGCUGCAGACUUCUCGAUCACACAGUUUAAACACCUGGGACGUCUACUGAUGGUUCACGGAAGGAACAGCUACAAAAGAUCUGCAGCACUCAGCCAAUUUGUCAUCCAUAGAAGCUUGUGUAUCAGUACUAUGCAGGCUGUCUUCUCGUCUGUGUUUUACUUUGCUUCAGUUCCUCUCUACCAAGGAUUCCUCAUCAUUGGAUAUUCUACAAUUUAUACAAUGUUCCCGGUAUUUUCUCUGGUUCUGGAUAAAGAUGUGAAAUCUGAGGUUGCUAUGCUGUAUCCUGAGCUGUAUAAAGAUCUACUUAAGGGUCGUCCACUGUCUUACAAAACAUUUCUAAUAUGGGUCCUUAUCAGUAUAUACCAAGGAAGCAUCAUCAUGUAUGGAGCACUUUUGCUAUUCGAGUCAGAAUUUGUUCACAUUGUUGCGAUUUCUUUCACGUCUCUCAUCCUCACUGAACUUCUCAUGGUUGCGCUGACCAUCCAGACGUGGCACUGGUUUAUGAUUGUAGCUGAACUCCUCAGUCUGUCCUGCUAUAUUGCCUCACUGGUCUUUCUACAUGAAUUCAUUGAUGUGUACUUUAUUACAACAUUGUCUUUCCUUUGGAAGGUCACUGUAAUCACACUAGUCAGCUGUCUCCCACUCUAUGUUCUCAAGUAUCUGAGAAGGAAAUUCUCUCCCCCAAGUUAUUCCAAGCUAACAUCUUAGACUUGACCAGAGCUCCAGUUUGGACACCUCAGAUGGACAGCUAGAGCUUAUGAAUAUUUAUCAUCUUCGGUGCGUGCAGUUACCGUCAUAUGCUGCUUUUAUGAACAAUGGUUAAAAAGGGAAGAUGUGAUUUAAAUUGUGAUCAAACAUGAUGGGUAUUUGGUGUUGUGACCCAUUGUCUUUCCACAGAUUGGAGAAAAAAAUAUGUAGCGAUUAUUUUUUGACUUACCCAUGUGUCUGUAGACCACGUGCCUCUGGACAUAAUGCAUUACAACCCAGCACGUCACAAAAGACCUAAGAAGAGUUGCAUAGCCCUUGCAGUACAGUGGAGCUCUGCUUUGGAGUUAUGUGCCCACUAAAGCAAUCAUUUUCACUUAACAUUCUCAGUUGUUUUUCUUUGUAAUUUUCAAUUUUUCCUACUGUUACAACUGCUUUUUUUAAUCAAAUGGCCCAAAUAAUAUUCACUACUUCAUAGCAUAGUAGUGUACAAAGUUAUGUACUGUAGAACAUGAAAACUAUAUCAAUGAUAACAAUGGCUGCUAAUGAGAAUGAAUUCUAACCUGCGGAAAUCCAUCUGUGCCACUUUAGAGGAAAAACAAUAUUUAUGAUUACAAUGAUAACUUUGUCAAAAAAGUAAAGACUAUAAAGGUAUGAGCUAUCUACUCAGUACAGACACUGUAGCUUCCAUCCAACUAAAAUCAACAGCUGUAUUUCUAAUAGUGGGAAAGAACAGGAGUAUGUAAAACACAUUUUUUUUUAUUUUUCAAUCAGUUCAUUUCUGGUGUCAAUCAAGACUAUUCAUUUGUACACCUAUCACAUAGAUUCCAGAAUGCCAGUAAAUAAAAAACACAAGUUAGCAGCAUUAUGCAAUUUACAAGAUAGACUCUACAUCUGACUAAUAGAAAAACAGUGUGAAGCAACCCAACACAUAUCAAUGAAUAUCAUUUUUAUCUAAGCAACAAUCUGGCUGCAUAUUAUCCUAUUAUGGAGACGCUUCACAGCUAACAGAAAUUUUGCUAAACUUUUGUUCGAGCAUUAUGUAAAAAUGUAUAAAGUGCUACUUCUUUUGCUAGUUUGGUCUUUUCCUGUAGAAUGUUCUAAAUUUGUGUAUAUAUUGUGGUGCUCAUUAUACAAACUAUACUUUGUUUUCUUUAUUCUUUUUCUACACUGUUAUGGAGAACAUUCUAUAUUGGUAGGCUACAAGCCUGUACUGUAUUAUUUCAUGUUUUUACAGUCUUUUCUUGUUUAUAUUGUGCCUUUAGAGACCUUACCUUUAUUUUAGCUUUUAUCUUAAAGGGGCAUGAACGUCAAAAUGUUAUGACUCAGAUAGAGCAUGUCAUUUUAAUACACUUUUAAAUAUACUUUGUUAUCCUGGUAUUCUUUGUUGAAAAGCUUAUGUAUAUAUGCCUUGAAGCAGCAAUGAACUAUUGGAAGUAGGCUGGUAAAUGUUGGCUACACAUGUCUCUCGUCAUUGACCCACUAAAUGUGCACAACUAACUCCCAGUAGUGCAUUGCUUCUGGACUUUAACUAUGCGUUUCAUUAUUUUGCAUAAACCAGCAUUUUAUUUUUGCACUUUUAUGCCCCUUUAAGAACAUAUCAGAAAGUCUGGUCUGAGUAUUCUUUUUAUUUAAUAUUUUAAGUCCCCUGGGGUCUGAAGGUAAAACUACCAUGUGAAAGUGUAGUACUUAAUAUUGUCUGCAAUCCAUGUAGCAAUACAUAUAUUUCUCUAUAUCACAUAUUACUCCAUCAAAGGGACAGUAAACACCUUGUAAUUAUAAUACAUUUACUUUGUGUAGAAUAAAAUAUCAGCCAAAUCCUAAACAUCCUUAAACAAAUUAACAUAAUUUUUACUAAUGGUUAUUUAUUCCAAAACACCACCCACCAUUUGUCUUAUUUGGAUGAGCCAAUCCAGACUUUAGUCUGCAGACAACAAGGCUAGUAACUGUCGUAUUUAUAGUAUAAAGUGAAUUGCUUUGCAGCUAUCUACUGGAGCCAAUUAAGAAAAUAUAUGAAGCAAGGUUAGCCUUGAUAAGUCUGCAGGGUGCAUUUUUAGGUCUGAGAAUUUGAAAAUAGUUGGAGCUAAAUUACAUGAAAAUAAAUUAUUUAAUUUUAUUGCAAAGUUGUUUAAUUACACACAACUAAACAUUUUAUAUAACAAUCUCAAGGUGUUUACUGUUCCUUUAACUCAGUGCAAUUAACAUAGUGUAAUAUGGGAAGAUGAAGUCUGAUAAUGACAUGCAUGUGCACAUUUUAAAUGCAAUAGUUCUGUUUAUUAUUAUUAUUA